AUGAAUAGUGCUGUUCCAUGGGAUGAUUAUUGCUGUUGUGUAUCUCAUGAUAGUAUCAAAGAUGGAUGCCAAUUCCCUGAUAAGAUAGUGAAGUUAUGUAUUUAUGAUUUUGAUAAUACAUUGUACAAUUCACCAAAACCGAACCAAAGCUUAUACGGUAAAAGUUUAUUCAGUGCAUUAUUGAGCGCGGAUACAUUUUAUGGAGGAGGUUGGUGGAAUAAUACAGCUUUUUUAAGUGAAUCUUUCUCCGAAAGUAUGAGGGAAUCAAACAAAGAAUCCAUGUCAAAGUACUGGAAUAAAAAUGUUGUGGAAAAGGCAAGAAUUUCAUAUGCAGAUAGUGAUACGAUAUCUGUACUAUUGAGUGGUCGUAAGGAUCACUUUCAGCGUCUGAUAUAUCAAAUGUUAACGGAAAGUAGAGAGAAGUUUGGGUUAAGUGAUGAUGAUCUGAAAUUCAAUUGCAUUUGCCUGAAGAAGGCUUCAAUUAAUGGUGAAUAUCCAACAACCAUGGAUUUUAAGCGAUCUUUGCUCAUGAAACUAAUUAAUUUUUUCAAAAACCUUAGAGAGGUUGUUAUCUUUGAGGAUAGAAUAAAUCAUGUUAAUCAAUUCAAUUCCUUUUUCAAACAAUCAAAAUUUUCUAAAAAAUUACAAUGCUCUACCAUACAUGUCCAACCCACUCAUACGAAAUUAGAUCCGGCAGCUGAGGUUAAUCUAGUAGAACGUCUUGUAGAAAUCCAUAAUAGAAACAACCCGGAAAUGGACGUGUCUCUGAAAUGGAGUUCAGCUAGAAUUGGAUUUUUCUUAAAUUCAAAGUCUUUGAGAUCUUUGAGCAUGCGAACUAAAGCCAUUUUAAAAGGCAUAAAUCAUGGUAGAUUUAGGGCCUACUCUGAAAAUAACAUGUUUAUACCAAUAGCUCAACGAGACAGCCCGAUACGAGAUGCUGAGAUUGUUAAGAUAUGGACAAAUAAUGAGAAAUAUGAUAAUGAACUUGCCCAUGGUAUAAUAAAGAACUUUUAUUCCCUUCAUGGAACAGAAGGAUGUAAGGUACAGUUUCUCGUUAUUCAGGUGGGUUAUAGUUCGGGAGAUAAGACUUCAAGAGACACAGAAAUAUAUUAUAAAGCUAUCCCGUGUGAUAAAAAAAGAUAUUUAUGGUCAGCAUAUAGAGAUUUUAUUAUUGUUAAUGACAUUGACUCAGAAAGCCCACAGGAUAAACUUAAUAAGAUAAAAUGGGAAAGAUUAAGAAAUCCAGUAAAAAUAACGACCUAUUUCAGGCAACACUCAAAAUUAAAAAUGUAA